GCUGUGGUCGGCGUCACCUGCAGACUGGACGUCCUGGAGCUGCUGGAGAAGCGGGUGAAGUCGCGGUUUUCCCACCGUCAGAUCCACCUGCUCAGCAACCCGACGUUCGCUCAAUACCUGCGGAGAGUCCGGACGCAGCUCAGCCUCCCGGACGACUUCCCCGACAGCCAGUUUGCUCAAGACUGGAACGACGGCGUGAAGACUCUGUGUGAGGACAAAUCAGUGGAGGACGUCUUACAGAGACACUUUAACUCCAGCAAAGACUUCCGCUCGCUGCACGUGCUGCUGGUACCGCUUCACUUUUCUACCGUAACACACUGCAUCCGACGACCACGGCGACGGCAGAGAACUGCAAUUACAAUAAUCAUUAGAAUAUGUUUUAUUUUUUUC